AUGUCGUCUACAAAUACACAGCAAGUUGACCGGUUCUGUCAUCAAUAUCUACAGCUGCAACCUGACUUGGACUUCCCAGAGUCUGCGCUCUUAAAGACUUCUCAGGUUCAAAAUGAGUUUUACGAGAGAUUAUUUGCGGAUGGUGCUGUUCGAUAUGGUCCCCCUCCACGUUUUCAGCUUCGAGUGCUGAAAGAGCUCAUGUCGCGAAUUGAAGCUAGCAUCGAUGACUGGGAAGAGUAUGGAGUUUCUGAUGACUUAAUGUCUGUCCUCUCACUAUUCCUCGCAAACCCAUUACCUUCAGAAUCAACCUCUGCUCAGCAAAAGGCCUACGUCACUUACCAUCUCUCUGAACUUUGCCAAGAGGGCCAUCGUGAUCAAACUUCCCGUCCCCCUCACAUUACCCUUCUUGAGAAUCACUCUCUCAUUUCGGGAUCAGGGACAACUGGUCUGCGUACAUGGGAAGCUGCCAUCCAUCUGGGAUCUUAUCUCUGCCAGAACAGACACAUUGUCAAGGACAAACGAGUCUUAGAGCUGGGGGCCGGUACAGGGUACCUUUCCAUUCUCUGCGCAAACUAUCUAGAUUCUCAACAUGUCAUCGCAUCAGAUGGCUCCGACGACGUGAUCAACAAUCUCCCCGAUAACCUCUUCCUCAAUGAACUUCAGGAUUCCACACUUGUGACACCGAUGGAUGUCAAAUGGGGUCACGCACUCAUGGGCACCGAAGAAGAGAAAUGGAAUGGUGGCCGUCCUAUUGAUGUCGUGCUUGGCGCCGACAUUACUUACGACAAGGGCGUGAUAGCAGCCCUGAUCGGAACUUUGAUCGAGAUAUUCGAGCUUCACCCGCACGUGGAGGUGUUCAUCUCAGCAACUCAGCGCAACGAAAAGACCUUUCAGGCAUUCCUCGACCAGUGCCAAGCCAACGGGCUUUCCGUAGAGGUUCUGCAAUUUGCAAUUCCCAAGCGACAAGACCAACAGGGCCCAUUCUACAAUGACAAUGUCGCUAUCCACAUUUGCAAGGUUUCUAAAGCCUAA